AAAUCCAUAGUUAUUGAUACGCUCGGUCCGGGGCCGCUAACAGGCGAAUACACCUCCUGCAGCCAGCUGACAGGAAGGUUGUGCGGGCUGGAGGUACUCCGACGACAGCGACAACGGAAAAGCCGGUCUCUCAGUAUCGCGCGUAACAGCAUAAAAUGUCAAAAUUGUAAUCUGGAGAGCAGCCCGUCAUUCGUAGUAUUUACACAGUAAUACCGUCGAUAUUAGUGCUUGCGGGAAAUAAGAAGCAGAGCGUGUAAGUUCGUCUGCGAGUCGUCUUCGAAGUCUCCUUGGAGAUCACUUGUACAUACCAAUAUCUAUCAGAAAAUGUUUUUUCAAAACCCAGAACAGAAGAGGAACAGUGUUAACAACAACUCUGGACAAACAGCAACAAUUGCCAUCGAUGCUGACAGACGUUGUGGAAACGCGUGUGACAUCGCAGAGGAUGUGGAUUUAAUAACUAGAUUCUGUAUGCCAGUUUGUUCGCGUGACACGCACACUCGAGAACUAGCUUUGGACGUGAUCGAGAAAACGGUAGAAGGGUGGCUGGAUGGAUAUGGUAGUCCAAGACACACAAGGAUGUCACUGAUACCACCUAGUCAUAGACUGGAGAAUUUCAGUACAAAUGGUCACUGCUACACCGAUACAGUUUCAUCAGGAGACGGCAUCAGAAGCGUUCCGAAAGAAUAUUUAUCUCUUGUUACAUUACAUCUUCCUGCCUUACUGCGACUGUCCGUAAACUGCCCGUUUCUUGACGUGCGGGAUAAAUGCAAGCGAGUACUCAAGCUUGUACAGGAGAGGGGGUUACCAGUGCCGCACCCGACGAUCCACGGGCCGAGUGCUUACAUCCCGCCGGACGAGGUAAGAGCACAGACAUAA